UAGUCGCAUAUAACUCGGUGGAUAGUGUGACCAAAGUCUUCUUCAUCUACUCUCUCAAAAACCUUUGCAGCUUGUGUUAGAAAAGGUGGGAAAUGGCGGCCUACGGAGCUCUAGUUUCUGUAAUGCAAAUUAUAGGUCAAAUUCAAACUCAUUCAAACCCGCCUAUCUCCCUCGAUCAAAAACAAGUUGAAUCUCUCACCGAAUUAAUCACUUUCCUCCAAGAUUUUCUUGAAGGCUAUUCUCCCCAUAUUGGCUACACCAAAGAAGAAGAUUUUUGGGAGAGUCGCAUUGUAGAAGCGGCUUACGAUGCUGAGGAUGUGAUCGAGUCGCAUAUCGUGGAUCAAAUUCUUGCCCGAUCAAGAAAUGAUGUAGAACAAAUCAGCUCCAUUGAAUUCUAUCAAGAUCUGCAUAAUAAUGUGAUAGAAAACAUGAAUUUGAUCAAGAUUGAAAUUAAAGAGAAGAUGGUAGUCCAAAAACAACUGCACAUGAUAGAGUAUGUGAGCACUGCUUCCACUGCUCAAAACAUUACCAUGAUUGGUUUUGACGAUGUCUUGUAUCAAAUGCUGGACAAGAUCACUAGUGGAGGACAUGAUCACCAAAUUAUUCCGAUUGUUGGAAUGGGCGGGAUAGGCAAGACCACUCUUGCUCGCAAUAUAUAUAUGGAGACUUCAAGUUCUAGCGGGCAAUUAUUAUAUGGACCCGAAGACCCGUCCUUGCUAAAUAUGCAGAAACAUCACAUUUCACAUAAACUCAUGAAAGAGGGCACAACCCAAGUAUUUAAGGUCCGAAGGACAGAAAGCAAGACUUGGGACGUCGAAAUUCACGAGAAUGUUAGAUAUUGGCUUGACGUCUUUGGUUUCAAAGGCGUGAUCGAUUGUGAAAAGCCCAUGAAGGUGGACAAUGAGCUGAUCACGGCGUUGAUUGAGCGUUGGAGGCCGGAGACACACACUUUUCAUCUACCGAUCGGUGAGGCGACGAUCACCUUGGAAGAUGUGCAAGCUAUUUGGGGCUUGAGGGCAGACGGUCGCGUCUUCACAGGGCGUGACUAUCAUGACAACUUUCCUGAUUGGACCAGCAAGUGCCGCGAUCUGUUGGGAUGGAUACCAGAUACUUCCACAGAGACAAAGCAAGGCGGUUUGCUGAUGACCGCGCUGAUCAACUAGACAAGAAUGCCUCUGGGUGAUGACCUACCUAUGUACGUAUACAUCCAAAGGGCACGUAUCCACGCCCUAAUUUUAUUAGGAGGUCUCAUUCUACCGGACACCACGGGGUGUAAGGUGCCAUUUAUGUGGUUGAAUGGGCUUGGGGAUCCGGAAGAGGUGAAGACUAUUAGUUGGGGAAGUGCGGCAUUAGCCUACCUUUAUCAUUAUCUGUGCGAGGCGUCCAUGGAUAAGAGAAAAGAGUUGGGCGGGCCUAUGAUCCUUCUGCAGCUAUGGGCGUGGGAAAGAAUGCCCACAUUGAGGUCUGCGUUCAUAGGUCCAGUUGUGCACGAGCCAUAUACACCAUGUGGCGCCAGGUGGAAAGGAACAACGGUGAUAGGAAAUGCUCCUAGACACUCGGUUGAGCAUUACCGUGACCAAAUAUCUCUGAUUAGACCUGGCCAGUUUAUCUGGACGCCAUACGCACGAGCCCUACUGCCUGACUACUGCAAUGAUGCAGCUGGAUGCUCUCUGUGCGAGACCUACUUGGUAUGUUGGGCCUAUGUCGAGGCCCAUGAGCCUGGACGAGUGCGCCGACAAUUCAAUCGGUAUCAGGAUAUACCGCAGAAUGUAGACAGGAUGCUAAGGAACGCCGAUCAUUUAGGCAAAAAUGAUCGGCGUGGUAAGAAGGGCAACAACUGGGCAAACACGCAUCAGUUCUACAUUGGGGAGUGGGACAUGAGGUACGAAAGGUUCCAAGCUGCCGAAUACGCCGCACCGAUGUCCUUGGAUAAUCCCAUGAGCUCGGGUUAUAUGGCGUGGUAUAACAGGAUUACCGUGACGUACAUGACUCAGCAUGGGGCACGGGCCAGCGGUGGGAUGAACGAGUCGGCUGCUUCGAUGAGACUAUUUAUUCGAGAAAUUGUUAGGACUGUCCUUGAAUCUACGAACAACAGUGAUGUCAUGGAAUGCCCCGCUUCUCAACAUCAGGAUGUGGUCAUGCCGUAUCAAGAAGAAGUAGUUCCACGGCGUCGUGGAGCGCCUGGUGUUCGUACUGGGGGACAUGGCUACACAAAGCAGUUUAGGAUGUCCCAGCCGCAUCCCAAUUAUGUAGCACCAGAGCCGCAGUAUCAAGAGCAUGACCCACCCCAGUGGUAUUCACACCCGGCGCAUAAGUCUCAGUCACAGUGGGACCGCCCACUGUAUUCUCCAAGCCAGCCUGAGCCCGAUUGGAAUCGUCGCCCAUAUUCACAAAGCCAUGACGUGCCGCAAUGGAGUGGUGCCCGAGCGUCGGUCGAUUCAUUCUUCCAGAAUUAUCAGAUCAUGCCUCCUGUACAAGCUGAAGAAGAGGACGAUGAUGAAGGAGAAGAAGAAGAUGACAACAUUGUCGAGGCACAUGAGGAAGAAGACGUUGUUCAGAGCAUCCAUGUCCAACCUCGACCAUCUGCGGAGGGUUCAUCACGCGGCGGGGUUGGGAAGCUCGUGAGCAAAGUGUACAAGAGACUAUCUACGAGGAAGAACAAGGGGAUUGAACCGUCUAAAUACACUCCGUCGUCGUAUAAGUAGCAAUUUUUCAGGAAGUCAGACUGUGAAGACUGAGGGUAGAAUUGUCCUCCAGGAAGAAUGAGGGUAGAAUUGCUCGAAUUUUGUAGGAAAGCACUAUUUGAUGGAACGGAUUGUGUGAUUGUUGCAUAUGAUAUGAUAUUUGGAUAUGUAUGUUAUGGUUUGUUGCUCAAA